AUGAAAAAUUGUGAUUUGGCAAUAUUUUCACAAAAUAUUGACCAUUUUCCAAAACUAACUGAUAAUGUAAAUGUCAGCCUGUUAUCUGAUAACAUUCACGCUUCUCAAAGAGCGGCUAUUUCAAAUUGUGAAUGGGGACUAAUUUCUAGUGAUCUUGAUUGUGCAUUCACACCUGUUGGAUGUAUCGAAGAAUUACAAAAGAGCAUUACAACUGCUGUCGACCGUUAUCUAAAUCAAGACUGUAAUAUUCAAGUGUAUUUGAAGCGAUUAAAUAAUGUUGUUCACUUACAACUUCCAAUCGUCAAUCGACAGCAACACUGUCAACAUUUACUUUCAACAUUUAAUAAUGAAAUGGAAAGCGUAAUUACACUGUAUAAUGAAAACUGUUAUUCAGCAGAUAUUCCACGAGACAGUCCCUGUUUUGCGGGUCGUAUUUACUGGGCACGUAACCACUACCUUCGUCUUUCAGAACUAAUGUCUGAAGUCUCCGGUUAUGUUAAUAUGAUGGGGUGUGAAAAUUAUGUUCACAAAUUGACCCGGAAAUAUAACAAAGUUCUUGAAACUCUGGUUACUUAUGAAAUAUCGGUGUACAGAAGCUGGGUUAAUGAAAUUCAAAAUGAUCUGCAAAUUUUGAAUGUUCCAGUCAUGACGAUGGUUAAACACAAUGAAGAGAUUCAUGAAUGCAUCAACUUGGAUUUCAGAAUAAAAUCUCUAUUUCGUGAAGUUGUAUGUAUGAAUCGAUUACAUUUACCUAUCCCUCAGUUAGCCUGUGACAUUUACAGGAAAUCAAAAUCUAUAAAAACUAGAUAUGACAAACUAAAAUGUAUACUGUCACGUGUCAGUGAUAUCAUCAAACGUAUUUCUCCUGAAGUAGAGAUGCUUUUGGCUGUAAAAUUGUAUAAAUUUUAUCAAAUUUAUUAUGAAGGAUUUUAUCAGCAUAACUGGCUUAGCUUAACGACAGACAAGUGGAUUGAGGUGAUUGAAGAACACAUUUCAUCAGUGGACUACACGAUAACUCAAAGUGAACAUAUAAAAAAUCAGAUUAAUUUGAAUCUGAAUACAAUUGCAAAAAGUUUGAAGUUAAAUUUCUACAAAUGUGCAAACAGAAAGCAAGAAUCAUGUCAUUUAUUCUCUUUACAUAACAGUAAUCCAGCAUUCAUGCCUGCUUCUUGCAUAACAGUUUCAUCUUCAGUGCAGUGUAACAGUGAAAGUGUUGAGAGAGGUUGGGAAAGCUCAGUUUGGUCGCUGAAUGAGUUGUUGCAUACUGUACACCUCAUCUGCACAAAACAAGCAAAUAUAAUGCAGAAUAUGUCAGAAACAAUUAAGUUAUCAGUUCACGACUAUAUUCAAGUGUUAACAACAGAUUUUUUUCAGUACUUAAAUAAUGAAUACUUCAAAGUUGUGCAAAACGAUAGAUCAAGAAAUGCUGGUGAAUCCAUUAAAGAAAAGCGUGAAGCGAAUUCCUUAGAAUUUAAUGCAAAGGUAAAUACUGCUGAAGAAAGCGUGGAGCUGAUCUGCCGAACUCAGACAGCAAUAAAUGAAAUUAUCAGGUUAUAUACUGACAAAACAAAAGAUGCUAUUAUCACAUCGGUUCGUGUGGCGUUAAUGGAGUUAUGGAAAUAUUUUAAUACGAGUGAAGUUUGCAGCUUGUUGACAACCUUCUCCAGUGGACAAAAUAUCGAUAUUCGUAAUUCACAACCUAGACCGAUUGUGAAAUGUGACAUCCUUCUUUCUAACAGUAAGCUUGUUUUAAGUCCCACUUUGGAAGAGAUACAAGCUGCCAUUAGAAUACUGGUAAAUUGUAUUUUAAAGUGUACAAAGUCAAUUAAGAAAUGGACUUAUUCACAGACGACAGUGUGCAAAUUAAAUAAUGCUCAAAGUAUGUUUGACGAAUUAUUGCACGGAUGCCCAGUCAAUUCGUACUUCCAUGAUAGCAUAUCUGAAUCGAAAAGUUGGUAUCAAGACGUCAAGCAUGAUGGAGAAAUUUAUCGAUUGAAAGCGCUUUUGUCAUCAUGGCGUUAUACUAUGAAAAUGGUUUCAUUUUUACCUGAAGGCGGUAUUAAAGAAUUAAGAAGCAUAACGGAACCUAUGGAAGAGUACUCCUGUCUCUGGACAGUUAAGCCAACGGAUAACCUUUUGAAAUUCAUGAGUGAAUUCAAAAAACCAACUGUUAUGGAUUUUGAAGCGAAAUUUCAGGAAUAUAAAGAAAUAGAUUCUAAAAUAAAUUGUAUACCCAAUACUUACAUAGUUGGCUCAAUUGAAGUUCAUACAAAAUCACUGCGUUCAGUAUUGAAAAAUCUGCUGUUGGAGCAUGAAAAGGCCUUUGUACAAAAAUGCACAGAAUUGUUUGUCGAGAAAUUGAAACGCAUUGUUUCUACAUUUGAGAAAUAUGAAAAUACACUUAAACGAAGCACUUCGGAUUGGAAUGAAAUGCCAAAGUGGAUGGAUAUUUUGCAGGAAUUCUCAAAUUCAGAGGUUUCAUUUGACAUGGAUAUCACCAGAGCUGAAGUGAGAUAA